UAAUAUUAAUGUGGUUUUUCCUUGACAGAUUGUUCAUUGUUUCCCAAUUUAUAACAAUAUUUUAUGUUCAAUAGGAAAGGAUGUGAACAAGUGUAGGAUUUCCGUAAUGUUAAGUGUCUCUUCUGACACAUACUUGUCACUUCUUUAGAAGUUCGAUAAAAAAUUUCUCAAAUUUGAGUAUCAAUUAACCUAUUUGCCUUAUAACUUAUACAACUGAAAUAUAAUAUGGCCUCGGAUUAAGAAACAGAGACAAGGAAAUUGUUACAGAUGCAGUAAAGAAUACUAAAGAAACAACAAAAAACAACGAAACAAAUAAGACAUUAUGAUGAAUGGCAAUAAUGUAUGCAAAGAUCAAACUGGACAGGGCAUGAAUGUAUAUGAGCAAAUAAACAGACAAAACACUGAAACCCUGGAAUAUGACUCUAUUAAAGUUUCACAUUCUGGAGAUAAAAGUGAUCAUCCGAAAACAGUUUUGUUGACACAAAAAGUUUUGUUAUGUGGUGUGAUUCUGAAUAUGGUUAUACUAGUAUCUUUUCUUACAGUGGGAUCCAUCAUUGUGAUGGAAUUAUCUAAUAAAGUUUCAAUCCUGUCACAGCGACUUGAAGCAUCAGUUGUUACCGUACAUACUCCAGCAGUAAAACAAAAUAGCACAUCAAAAACUGGACACCGCGUGGCUUUCACCGCAACGCACGCUAAUGGUUCAGCUCCAAUUAUUUUCACAAGAAGUAUAUAUAACGAAGGUGGUGCGUACGACAACAGGAAUGGAAUAUUCACAUGUCAAGUUCCGGGAUUUUAUUACUUUGCAUACACCUUAUCCAAACAGUUCGGAGAUGAUAUCGACUUUUUAUUAUGUCAUAUAUGUGUUAACAGGGUGAACAUGGUUGGAACAAUGCAUGAUCCGUAUGACAGUAAUAGUGAUAAUAAUGGCUAUUCCAUGUCACUAUCUGGAACCUUUCAUCUAGAAGCAGAUGACAUUGUCUUUGUCCACUGUGAUACGAAGACGGGCUUUAGUGCGUUUAUCAGUUACCUGUGUUCAUUCACGGGAUUCUUAGUGACUGCAGAUGAUUGAUUUUCAAUCAAACGUUAAUAAACCUGUUAUACCUCAGUAAACUUAAAUAUACA